AUGCUGCACCUUCCGGAGCUGCAUGAGAGGCCGGUAGAGGACUGUGGAGAAGGAAAGUUUAUAACCAGCAGCGCCAGGAUGGACUUCCCUGCUACCCAACCAAAACCUGCUGCCGACGGGAAAAUCAUCUACUAUCCUCCUGGAGUGAAGGAGAUUACGGACAAAAUUACCAACGAUGAGGUGGUUAAACGGUUAAAGAUGGUGGUAAAAACCUUCAUGGAUAUGGACCAGGACUCGGAAGAUGAGAAGCAGCAGUAUCUCCCAUUAGCCUUGCACCUUGCAUCUGAAUUCUUCCUCAGGAAUCCCAAUAAAGAUGUGCGCCUCCUUGUAGCUUGUUGCUUGGCUGAUAUAUUUCGUAUCUAUGCUCCUGAAGCUCCAUAUACUUCCCAUGACAAACUUAAGGACAUAUUCUUGUUUAUUACAAGACAAUUAAAAGGCUUGGAGGACACGAAGAGCCCUCAAUUUAACAGAUACUUUUACUUAUUAGAGAAUUUAGCUUGGGUCAAAUCUUACAACAUCUGCUUUGAGUUGGAAGAUUGCAAUGACAUUUUUAUUCAGCUUUUUAGGACUCUUUUUUCAGUUAUCAAUAAUAGCCACAACCAGAAGGUACAAAUGCAUAUGCUGGAUUUGAUGAGUUCUAUCAUCAUGGAAGGCGAUGGAGUAACUCAGGAGCUGCUGGACUCAAUUUUGAUUAACCUCAUUCCUGCACACAAGAACCUUAACAAACAAGCGUUUGAUCUUGCAAAAGUCCUGUUGAAAAGGACCGUCCAGACCAUUGAACCGUGUAUUGCCAAUUUUUUUAACCAGGUUCUGGUACUGGGAAAGUCUUCAGUAAGUGACUUAUCAGAACACGUGUUUGACUUGAUACAAGAGCUUUUUGCCAUAGAUCCUCACUUACUGCUGUCUGUCAUGCCACAGCUGGAAUUCAAGCUGAAGAGCAAUGAUGGAGAAGAACGUUUGGCUGUUGUUCGACUUCUGGCUAAACUCUUUGGCUCCAAAGAUUCUGAUCUGGCCACGCAAAAUCGACCUCUUUGGCAGUGCUUUCUUGGGCGGUUCAAUGAUAUCCAUGUCCCUGUGAGAUUAGAGAGUGUGAAAUUCGCCAGUCAUUGUUUAAUGAACCAUCCAGACUUAGCAAAAGACCUCACUGAGUAUUUGAAGGUUAGAUCACAUGACCCAGAAGAAGCCAUUCGACAUGAUGUUAUUGUUACAAUUAUUACUGCGGGCAAGAGAGAUCUCUCUUUAGUCAAUGACCAGCUGCUUGGCUUUGUAAGGGAAAGAACUCUGGACAAACGGUGGCGAGUAAGAAAAGAAGCUAUGAUGGGUCUUGCCCAGCUGUACAAGAAGUAUUGUCUUCAUGCUGAGGCUGGAAAAGAUGCUGCAGAGAAAGUGAGCUGGAUAAAGGAUAAACUUUUGCACAUAUAUUAUCAAAAUAGCAUUGAUGACAAAUUACUGGUAGAGAAAAUCUUUGCUCAGUAUCUUGUUCCACACAAUUUGGAAACAGAAGAGCGAAUGAAGUGCUUGUACUAUUUGUAUGCUAGCUUAGAUCCAAAUGCUGUCAAAGCACUGAAUGAGAUGUGGAAGUGCCAGAACAUGCUAAGGAGUCAUGUACGAGAAUUGCUGGAUUUGCAUAAGCAGCCCACUUCAGAAGCAAACAGUGCUGCCAUGUUUGGAAAGCUGAUGACCAUAGCAAAAAACCUUCCAGAUCCUGGAAAAGCACAAGAUUUUGUGAAGAAAUUCAAUCAGGUUUUGGGUGAUGAUGAGAAACUUCGGUCCCAGCUUGAACUGUUAAUUAGCCCUACAUGUUCUUGUAAACAGGCAGAUGUCUGUGUGAGGGAGAUAGCCCGGAAACUAGCAAAUCCUAAGCAGCCAACAAAUCCUUUUCUGGAAAUGGUCAAAUUUCUUUUGGAAAGAAUUGCCCCUGUACAUAUUGACUCAGAAGCCAUUAGUGCACUAGUAAAACUAAUGAAUAAAUCCAUAGAGGGGACAGCUGAUGAUGAAGAGGAGGGUGUAAGUCCUGAUACUGCUAUUCGUGCAGGACUUGAACUUCUCAAGGUUCUGUCCUUUACACAUCCUACCUCGUUCCACUCUGCAGAGACCUAUGAGUCUCUACUGCAGUGCCUCAGGAUGGAAGAUGAUAAGGUAGCUGAGGCAGCCAUACAGAUUUUCAGAAACACGGGUCACAAAAUAGAAACAGACUUGCCACAGAUAAGAUCAACACUAAUUCCGAUUUUGCAUCAGAAAGCCAAAAGAGGCACUCCUCAUCAGGCAAAACAAGCUGUUCACUGUAUACAUGCCAUAUUUUCAAAUAAAGAAGUACAACUUGCACAGAUCUUUGAGCCUCUUAGUAGAAGUUUGAAUGCUGAUGUACCAGAACAGCUUAUAACUCCCUUGGUCUCUUUGGGUCAUAUUUCUAUGUUGGCUCCAGACCAGUUUGCUUCUCCAAUGAAAUCUGUUGUUGCAAAUUUCAUUGUGAAGGAUCUCCUAAUGAAUGACAGGUCAACAGGUGAGAAAAAUGGAAAAUUGUGGUCUCCGGAUGAAGAAGUCUCUCCAGAAGUACUAGCAAAGGUGCAAGCAAUUAAACUUUUGGUACGCUGGUUGUUGGGUAUGAAAAAUAACCAGUCAAAAUCUGCAAAUUCCACACUCCGGUUACUGUCAGCCAUGCUCGUCAGCGAAGGAGACUUGACAGAACAGAAGCGAAUCAGUAAAUCAGAUAUGUCUCGACUGAGAUUAGCUGCUGGUAGUGCAAUAAUGAAGCUUGCACAGGAACCCUGUUACCAUGAAAUAAUUACCCCAGAACAGUUCCAGCUCUGUGCACUCGUCAUUAAUGAUGAGUGCUACCAAGUGAGGCAGAUAUUUGCCCAGAAGCUGCAUAAGGCACUGGUGAAAUUACUGCUCCCUUUGGAAUAUAUGGCAAUCUUUGCUUUGUGUGCCAAAGACCCUGUGAAGGAGAGAAGAGCACAUGCCAGACAGUGCUUGCUCAAAAACAUCAGUAUACGAAGAGAAUAUAUUAAGCAGAAUCCUAUGGCUAACGAAAAAUUGCUGUCCUUGCUGCCUGAAUAUGUGGUACCAUAUAUGAUUCACUUGCUGGCACAUGAUCCAGAUUUCACAAAACCUCAGGAUGUUGAUCAGCUUCGUGAUGUCAAAGAGUGCCUGUGGUUCAUGCUUGAAGUUUUAAUGACAAAGAAUGAAAACAAUAGCCAUGCCUUCAUGAAAAAGAUGUCAGAAAACAUCAAGCUUACCCGAGAUGCUCAGUCUCCUGAUGAGCCAAAGGCCAAUGAAAAACUUUACACAGUAUGUGAUGUAGCACUAUGUGUAAUCAACAGCAAAAGUGCUUUGUGCAAUGCAGAUUCACCGAAGGACCCUGUAUUGCCAACCAAAUUUUUUACACAACCUGAAAAGGAUUUCUGCAAUGACAGGAAUUACAUUUCAGAAGAGACAAGAGUUCUUCUUUUGACAGGAAAGCCAAAACCAACCGGUGUAUUAGGUACAGUAAACAAACCAUUAUCUGCAACUGGAAGGAGACCAUAUAUUAGGACUACAGGAUCAGAGACUGGAAGCAGUGUAAACUCUGAGCUGAGUUCUUCUGCAGGAAACAGAUCAAGGGAACAAAGUUCAGAUAUAUCAGAAACCGGAGUCAGUGAAAAUGAUGAAAAUCCUGUGAGAAUUAUUUCAGUCACACCAGCAAAGACAGAACCUGUGAAAAACAAGGAGAUGAAUUCUGAUCAGACAACACAAGGAAAUAGCACUGAACGUGGGAAAAAAAGAACAGCAACAGCAUCUGGAACUGAGAAUAUUCAUCAAAAAACAGAGGAAAAAAGUGUAGAAGAAACAGGCCCAUCGCUCGCAGCAAAAACCAGGAGAGGGCGACCAACCAAACCGGAACCUCAGGGUACCACUGCAAAAAACGAGGAAACAAAUAAACCACCUGUCAGGGGAAGGAAGAGGGCAGCAGCCAACCAAGAAAGUCCAGGGAGUUUAGAGGCAGGUAAUGCCAAAGCACCAAAACAGCAAGACACAGCAAAAAAGCCAGCAGCAGCACAGAGACAAAUUGAUCUACAGAGGUAA